AACAUGGCAACAUGGCAACAUAUUCCAUGGACAUCAUGGACAUCAGUGAGGAAGCCACUACGUUUGACUAUGAUUUCUCAAUGCCAUGCCAAAAGAUGAACAUUAAGGAACUAGGAGCCAAGUUCCUGCCUCCACUGUACUCCUUCGUACUCAUUGUGGGUCUCCUGGGCAACAUCCUAGUGGUGCUGAUACUUACUAAGUACAAGAGAUUCAAGAGUAUGACCAACAUCUACCUCUUCAACUUGGCCAUCUCAGAUCUGCUCUUCCUGUUCACACUUCCCUUCUGGAUUGACUAUGCCAAGAAAAAUGACUGGGUUUUUGGGCAUACCAUGUGUAAGAUCCUCUCUGGCCUUUAUUACAUGGGCUUAUAUAGUGAAAUUUUUUUCAUUGUCUUGCUGACUAUUGACAGGUAUCUAGCUGUGGUCUAUGCCGUAUUUGCCCUGAAAGCCAGAACAGUCACUUUUGGCAUCUUCACCAGCAUAGUUACGUGGGGCUUGUCAGCACUGGCAGCUCUUCCCGAGGUCAUCUUUCACGAGUCCCAGGAGGACCUGGAGAAUCACAUAUGCAGCCCUCGUUACCCAGAGAACAAUGAAGCCACCUGGAAGCGUUUCCAGGCUCUGAGAAUGAACAUCUUGGGACUCGCUAUUCCAUUGGCCAUUAUGAUCAUCUGCUACACAGGAAUCAUCAAAAAACUUCUCAGAUGUCGGAAUGAGAAGAAAUAUAAGGCAGUCAAACUCAUCUUUGUCAUCAUGAUCGUCUUCUUUCUUUUCUGGGCGCCUUACAACCUCACCCUUCUUCUCACCGCUUUUCAAUCAUCUUUUUUCACGGCAGACUGCGAGAGAAGCAAACAACUGGACUUGGCCAUGCAGGUGACUGAAGUGAUUGCCUACACUCACUGUUGUGUCAACCCCGUGAUCUACGCCUUUGUUGGGGAGCGAUUUCGGAAAUACCUCUGUCUCUUUGUCCGCAGGCAUAUUGCAGUACACCUGUGCAAAUAUAUUCCGUUCCUUCCUGGUGAGAAACUGGAGCGGGUCAGCUCUAUUUCUCCAUCCACAGGGGAGCAAGAGCUCUCUGCUGCAUUUUAG